CUGAUUUACAAAAUUAUGGUAUAUGAAGUUUAGAUUGAUAGGGGUAGAAUCAAAUUUGUGGUUACCUAGCCUUUCCAAUCAAAGUUAUAAUAUUUAUUUAUCCCAAUGUGACAAGCUUAGCCUAAUUAGCUAACCAUACAAACUACAAAGUGCCACAUAGGAAGUGGUAGCACCUAGAUUGCUCACAAAUGGAAGCUGAAGAUGGUACGAUACCAACUGUUGCCCACUAAAAGCCACAUCAAAAUGAAAGUGUUGUUCCCUCUGCAGUAUACAAUGUUGGUCCUCCUCCAUAAUAAAACCCCCACAAAUGAUAAAAUGUCCUCAAAACACACACCUAUUUCUAUUUUCUCACCUCUCAACAAUGGCUAACGUCUUCUGGAAAAACCUUCCCCUCUGCUGUUUCUCAUCAAACCCCAAACCAUUAGAAUCUGAAUCUUCCCAAUCUCUGAUUCCGCUACUCCCAAACCAAGAUUCUGAUAAUUACACCGACCAACCACCAGCGGCGGCGGCGGCUGCGGCUGCGGCCGCUGCUGCUGUUGUCCUCAAGAACUUCAACUCCCACUACAAUUUUUCCUCCACCACCUCCACCUCCACCUCCACCUCCAAGUCCCUCCUUACCCCUUCCACCGAUACUGACUUACUCUCGUCCGACUCUGACACCGACAAUGAACCUCCUCCAGAUUUUGCCACCGUUUUCGCUUCCCAGCGUUUCUUCUUCUCCUCUCCGGGCCAGUCCAACUCCAUCGUGGAGUCACCCGACACCAAACCGAGAGAUUCCAUCGAGAUACCGCCGCUUGACGGGGGAGUUGCGGUAAAAAAGUUUUCAAUGGAUCCGUACAGAGAUUUCCUAAGUUCAAUGCAAGAAAUGAUUGAAGCAAGAAAUGUAAGCGACAUCAGGAGCCACAGUGAGUUUCUUCACGAAUUGCUCUUCUGUUACCUUGUUUUAAACCCGAAGCAGAAUCAUAAGUUCAUCAUCCGCGCUUUUACUGAGGUCGUAAUUAGCUUAUUCUCCUCGCCGGAUUCAGACAGCCUCCAGAGACCUGGAGGCUACCAGCGGUGAUGCUAUCUAUAUAUUCUACAUCAUUUUUGCUUCUGUAAAGGUUUUAUGAAAAGUACCAAAGGUUGUUUUGGAUGUUUCUUGAAAUUACUACGUAGUUGGAUAAAUCAUAUAUAGAGCAAGAAAAAUUAUGUGCUUGAUGCCGUAAUUACGAGGGGAGGAGGAGUUGUGUGAUGCUCUCUUCUUUAUUUCCUUUGUUGGUUUUGGAAUAAGCUUUUCUCAGUUAA